GUUUCGAGGGUGACAACAAUCGCACACUCGCUCUCUCGCGAAGAACAACAAUCAACUUCGCCAACGGAGCGUCGUCGGCAAGGGACUGGUAUUUGAGAAGAAAGAAUGGAGACUGAGAACAAGGAUGAAAAACCCAAGAACUUGGCAGUGGCAGAGGACGGAUUAACCCCCCAGGAAAAGCCUGCUGUGACGGACAAUGACGCCACGCACUCUAACGCAGCAGCCAAGUUGAUGAAGGACCCCGCCAACGGAGCCAACAAAGCGGGUUUCAAUGGGCGUCUGGCGUUCGCGAUCGCAGCCGCCGCCCUUGGCUCAGCCUUCCAGCAUGGCUACAACACCGGAGUAGUAAAUGCUCCUCAAAAGCUAAUUGAAGAAUGGAUCAGCGAGGUUCAGCAUGAUCGAACGGGUGAGGUUCCCUCCCAGGCCAAUGUCACCUUCAUCUUCUCGCUUGCCGUGUCCCUUUUCUGCGUCGGCGGAAUGCUCGGCGGAUGCAUCACCGGUCUCGUCGCCGACAAAUUCGGCCGCAAGGGCGGCCUCUUGAUCAACAACGUGUUGGUAUUCGCGGCGGCCAUCCUGAUGGGUGCGGCCAAGGCGGCCGGCUCGUACGAAAUGCUCAUUCUUGGCCGCUUCCUGAUCGGCAUCAACUCCGGGCUGAACGCGGGCCUGGCGCCCAUGUACCUGGCGGAAAUCGCUCCGGUGCAUCUGCGCGGCGCCGUCGGCACCGUCUACCAACUGGUCAUCACCAUCUCCAUCCUGCUGUCCCAGCUGUUCGGCCUGGGCUCGAUCCUGGGCACGCCCAGCAUGUGGCCGCUGCUGCUGUCCCUGACCCUGCUGCCGGCCGUCUUCCAGCUCGCCACCCUGCCCAUCUGCCCUGAGUCGCCCAAAUUCACCCUGCUGAACUCUGGAAAGGAGCUCGAAGCCCAGAGAGGCCUAACCUGGCUGCGCGGAACCAUCGAGGUGCACGACGAGAUGGAGGAGAUGCGCUCCGAGUACGAGGCUUCCAAGUUGGUGCCCAAGGUCACCAUGAAGGAGCUGUUCGUCAACUCGGCCCUCAGGAGUCCACUCAUCAUCUGCGUCAUGGUCAUGAUCGCGCAGCAACUCUCCGGCAUCAAUGCGGUUAUGUUCUUUUCGACCAAGAUCUUCAAAAUGGCUCAGUUGACGGACGACCACGCGCAGCUGGCCACCCUGGCGAUGGGCACCAUGAACGUCAUCAUGACCGUCAUCAGUCUGUUCCUGGUGGAGAAGGCGGGACGCAAGACCCUGCUGCUUGUUGGCUUUUCUGGCAUGUGCAUCGACACGAUCCUCCUCGCUAUCUGCCUCAAAUACGCUAGCGAGGCAUUGUGGAUUUCGUACUUCAGCAUCGUGCUCGUCAUCUUCUUCGUCAUCAUGUUCGCCACCGGCCCCGGCUCCAUUCCGUGGUUCCUUGUGUCCGAGCUGUUCAACCAGUCGGCGAGGCCGGCGGCCACCUCGCUGGCCGUGUGCGUCAACUGGACGGCCAACUUCAUCGUCGGCAUCGGCUUCCUCCCCCUACAGGAGCUGAUGGGCGGAAAUGUGUUCUUCGUGUUCGCCUUCCUGCUGGCACUGUUCGUGCUCUUUGUGCUGAAGAAGGUGCCCGAGACGAAAAACAAGACCAUGGAGGAGAUCAGCUCCAUGUUCCGCCAACAGUCGUACCAGUAGUCAUUCAUUCAUUCGAUUGAUUGGUUGACAUUUCAUUGCUCUUGCCAUGACUUUUUCGCGUCAAAUACUCAGCAAGCACAAACGCGCCAUACUACACCCAGUCAGUCAGCAAAUCUGUGGAAAAAAAAAAGGAAAACGAGUCUCAGGCGGCCCUCUAGACUGCUUCACUAAAUGUAGAGGCCGCCCAGGGCCCUCUUUCGACCCCCUAAUUGUAGUGUUUGCCCCCUGCAUCGAUAUAAUAUAUAUAUUUCUGAUGUGAUUUUUCCGAGCAAAAGACCAAGAGCAGGAGGAAAUCUCAAGAGGCGAGAUACCUCUGGAGCACCUGGCCUGAGGUUUACAUUUUAAAAACGAUUUAAAUAGAAAUAUUAAUAUCUGCACUGGUUGGUAAAUCAAAUUUUAUUUGUAUAGCUAUUUAAUUUCGUCCCCAGGGUUCUUAAUUUUGUUUCCCAUUUGGCUGAUAGAGAGAGAGAGAGAUACACUGUAGAUUUUUAGACAAGUUCCUUUUUAAAUAUUAUAAUGAACUCGUGCAGGAAUGAUUGUUGGAUUAUAUUUAGCUUUAGUUGCGGUUACAAGUUGCAUUUAAAUUCUCUCAUUUGCAGCCUCUCAAUUUAAAAGCAAUUUACGGCAGUUGUUGUUGGACAGUGUGUUAAAAGCAAAUCUUGCCCCCCUCCAGGUGGGAAUAAAUGUUGGUUGUAGAUCUGUGUACAAUAAGAAAAGAAUCCUGAAUUCUCCAAGGGAAAUAAACGGAGAUUGAAUUUAAAGUUAUCGAUGUAGGAUGUGCCGAAAUGUGUGUCUGUGUUAUCUGAUUUUUUAAUUACGAUGUAAUUCUGUUGUAGAAUAUUGAUGCCAUAUUGUAAAAGAAUAUAAUAUAUAUUAUUUUAUGUAUUUUUUUCUGUUACGGUUCAAGAAUGCCACAUUCCAGGACUGUAACUUGGAAAUUAUUAUGAGAAAAGUGUUAAUAAACGCUGGCAAAAGCAUAUCUGCAAUUCA